CUUACUUAGCCAUUCCGGUCCCUCAUUUCAACCACUUGUGGUAUAAUCAACAAAACUUCAGCCAUGGCAGCUGCUUCUCCUAUGGCAAGCCAACUCAAGUCCACCUUCACUAGACCUUUGGUCACUCCUAGGGGACUUUGUGGCUCUUCACCACUUCAUCAAUUUUCAUCAAGAAGACAAUUUAACUUCACCGUUAAGGCCAUUCAAUCCGAAAAGCCCACAUACCAAGUGAUUCAGCCCAUCAACGGCGAUCCAUUCAUCGGAAGCUUGGAAACUCCGGUCACAUCAAGCCCAUUGGUGGCAUGGUACCUAUCCAACCUACCAGGCUAUAGAACUGCAGUGAACCCACUACUCCGAGGUAUUGAAGUGGGUUUAGCCCAUGGGUUCUUCCUCGUUGGCCCGUUUGUGAAAGCCGGGCCUUUAAGGAACACGGAAUACGCCGGAUCAGCGGGCUCUCUGGCAGCUGCUGGGCUUGUUGUUAUUCUUAGCAUUUGUCUUACAAUCUAUGGAGUUUCAUCGUUCAACGAAGGUGAUGCAUCAACUGCUCCUUCAUUGACUUUGACGGGCCGGAAGAAGCAGCCUGAUCAGCUCCAGACAGCAGAUGGAUGGGCCAAGUUUACUGGUGGGUUUUUCUUUGGUGGAAUUUCUGGUGUUACUUGGGCUUACUUCCUUCUUUAUGUUUUGGAUCUUCCAUACUUUGUUAAGUAAACAGAUUAACUCUCUUUCUUAGUUUCUGUUGCUUUUGAUGGAUGUAAGUACAUGUUGUAUUUUAUGAAUCUUGUUUUAUUAUUAUUAUAACAAUGUUAAAUUAAAUA